AUGACGGAAAAACUUAUUAAAAGAAACCCGGUAUUCCAAGCAGAUGAAAUUAAUCUGCUGGACAGUUUAGUUUUUAAAUAUAAACAUGUAUUGGAAAAUAAACAAAAAGGAGCGGUACAAGUAGCCCAAAAAUCAAAGUAUUGGAAUAUUGUGGCAGAUGAAUUUAAUGCAGCUGCAUUAAACGUUUCAGUAAGUUAUCCAAUUGUUAUGCACUUAUUCAAUAUUUUAAAAAAUAACAAAAAAUCCGAACUAUGUGCUGAAAAAAGAAAUAAAAAAAAGACUGGUGGAGGGCCAGAAGAAACUAUACCAACAAAUGAAGCCAUUGAUCAGUUUUUAACUACUAUAACUGAUAUAGAAGUGCAUGGCGUUCUAGAUUCGGAUUCCUUAAGAAAUAUGUCAUCAUCAACUCCAAAUAAUUUUGAGACUAUUUUACAAGGUAAUUAUACAAUUUAA